GGUCAGGUAAGCAAGCACAUAAGCACAUAGAAGCCUGUAGAAGCGGAACAAUAUCCGUAUAACAGAGACAUUGCGCCUUAUCAAGAAUCGAUAUACAUAUCUCGAAAGAAUAUUCUGCACAUUCACAAGAACUGUAAUAAGCACCUCGCUCUAUCUUGCCCCUUUUUACAAUGGUCGCACAAGCAAACAAGAUCGCAAUCAUAGGCCACCGAGGUUGGGCGGCCGGGCCCAUCGUCGAAGCUUUGGCAACUGCAUCGGGGCAGCCUAUCCGUAUUCUGCAUCGAGCCGGCGCAACCGUCGGAAAUGUGCCAAAGAAUGUCGAGUUAGCAGCAUAUUCUUGGGACCAAAGAUCAAGUCUUGAAACAGCUUUGAGGGGUGUUGAUAUUCUUAUUUCUCUCAUCGGCCAUGAUGGGCUUCAUAUGCAACAGAAGCUGAUCCAGCCCAUGAAAGCUGCGGCUGUGAAACUAUUCGCGCCGUCAGAUCUCGCUCUGCCAUACACAGAAGAAGAGAGUGCAGCCGUUGCUAUCCCGAGAGAGAAAAAGAAACUAGAGCAAGCGCUUCAUGACGCCGGCAUACCUGCCGUUACUGUUGUGAUUGGAAACUUCACGGCUUUCGCAUUACAAUCACCUUAUGUAGGCAUCGACAUACCUCAAAAUCGAAUUGUGUUCACCGGGAAUAGUAAGACACAGCCCGUCUACCUCUGUUCUCGAAAGUAUGUCGCUGCCGCUUACGUCUCUAUUUUCGUCCAUAACUCGCCUUCCAGCUUGAGUGGCCGUACAAUAGGAUUGAAUGAGCUGCAUCCUACAGGUAUGGAGAUAGCUGCCGCGAUGGAGGAACGUGCUGGACGACCUCCCCAGACUGCGGAGGAAAGCAUUGAGAACAUGAGAUUGCAGGCCUUGGAGGGAAAUUUGGCGGCCCUGGUUCGGAAGAAAAUGGGUGACGGCACACAUGGUGUGGGGUCUGAUAUCUGGGAUGUGGCCGGGUAUCCGAAGGCUACUAUCAGAGAGUUGAUUGUGGAUGGCAAAUUGGACGAGGAGCAGUCCUAUAUUCAGCCGAGCGAAGACACUCUGCAUCACCUGGACAAAUACUUCGCUUAGGCCGACAGGUCGAAACGUGUCUGCUUGAUUGUGGUUUCCCAUGGUGUUUCCCACAUCUUCUGUACGGACGACGCAGGGAGCUUUGGAUUUCAAAUGUUUUAAAGCCACUUUCAUUUCCAUUUUCCUUGAACCAAUACCCAGAAACUCUGUGGCCAAACGAAGUAGAGCAAUCUGCCGUAUAUAUCGAUAACCGUCGUACAAGAGGCUCUACCAGCUUACGGAUGUUUCACGUAUCUAGCUCUGUACGAAGAGAUUCUUUCAAGCAAAAUUGGCAAAGAAUGUCUGUCCAUGGUUCGCUAAGUUCUAAGUACAAUUGUAUCCUCGUUUUUGAAACUCAAAGAUUAGAUCACGCUGAAUCCGUUCAAUGUUUACAAACUCUGUGAGCUGCAUGUAAUAUCACCCUAUAAUAGCAAAGUUAAUAUUUCCGACA